AUGCCGCUGUCAACGUGGCUGCUCGGGGGCUUGUUAGUCUCGAAGGCUAAUGCUUUGCCAAAUCGCGACAACCCUGUUGUCCUUCGACGAGAGUGUCCCGAUUACACUUCUUAUGCCUCGACACCGCAUGCCCCAUACAGCGGAGGUCCUCUCAAUCUCCCCUACCAGCGCCCAGAUCCUGCAUGUCGUACCUUUUCGUCGGCAGCUGUCGAAAAGGUGAUCGAGGAUGUGACCUCGCGUCUAGUGGAUAAGGAUCUGGCGCAGUUGUUCCGCAAUGCUUUUCCAAACACUCUGGACACAACCAUCAGAUGGCAUCAGAACGAAACCGCGGUGGCUUCGCAGCAGCAAAGCAAGCAGGACGCUGCGCAGUGGACUGGCCUGCAGACGUUCAUUGUCACAGGCGAUAUUAACGCUGAAUGGCUACGCGACUCGACCAACCAGCUGACUAAUUACCAGGCUCUCGCUCGGAAAGAUCGCAGCAUAUACAAUCUCAUUCUGGGCGCAAUCAAUACUCAGGCUGAGUUUGUGAUUCAGUCACCAUAUUGCAAUGCUUUCCAGCCACCUUCUGCUAGUGGCAUUCAGCCGGAGAAGAACAAUCAUAAGGACACUGUUCGUCCAUCAUACGAUAAAUCGUUUGUAUUUGAGUGCAAAUAUGAACUGGAUUCGUUGGCGCAUUUCCUCUUGCUUGGCACAGAGUUCCAUGAGAAGACCGGGUCGACAGAGUUCUUAACCGAUCGUUGGUACCAAGCACUACAGUCCGUCCUUGACGUUCUCGAUGCUCAGUCACAGCCCACAUUCAACGCGCACAACCAGUUCGUCACCAACCAGUACACAUUCCAGCGAGAUACCACCAUUGGAACCGAGACGCUGAAUUUGAGAGGCAUCGGAAAUCCCCUCAACAGCGGCACAGGCCUCAUUCGCAGUGCCUUCCGGCCAAGCGACGACGCAACGAUCUUCGGAUAUUUCAUCCCCCCGAAUGCAAUGAUGUCCGUGCAACUGCAAAAGACGGCCAAGGUGAUCAAAGCUGCCGGGGGUCGAAAAGAUCUGGCCCAAAAGUUGGACCAACGCGGUCGCAGAUUGGCCAAGUCGGUGAAAGACAACGGCAUUGUCGAACAUCCCAAGUACGGCCAUGUCUAUGCAUUCGAGGUUGAUGGCUACGGGUCUCGCACCCUGAUGGACGACGCCAAUAUACCCUCCCUCCUCUCCCUUCCCUACCUCGGCUUCCUGAACAAGAAUGAUUCGACAUACCAGAAUACCCGCAGAAUGAUCACCGAGAAGAACGGCAACCCAUAUUAUUUGGAGGGAUCUGAUUUCCAUGGAAUUGGUGGUCCACACAUUGGACUUCAAAAUGCUUGGCCAAUGUCGCUUCUCAUGCAAGCCAUGACUUCCGACAAUGAUACGGAAAUCCUUAACUCGAUCAAUUUAGUACGCAACUCCAGCUUGCUGGGCUUGGUUCAUGAGUCGAUCAACGUGAACAAAAUUGAGUCAUACACCCGCCCGUGGUUUGCCUGGGCCAAUUCUGUCUUUGCACAGACCAUUUUGAAGAUUGCGAAAGAGCGGCCCCAUUUGAUCUUUGGGGAGCACGCUCGGGCGUAUGAAAUUGACUGA